CUUUCCUAUCUGACCAUUAUUUAAUAACUUUUGAAUUCAUACUAUUAGAUUAUAAGCCAUUAGGCAAAAUUUCCUACAGCAGAUGUCUAUCUGACAGUGCUGUAGCUAAAUUUAAGGAGGAGAUUCCUUCAGUGUUUAAUUCAAUGCCAUGUCUGAAUUUAACAGAGUCCUAUAACAACUUUAGUCCCUCUGAAAUUGAUAAUCUUGUCGAUAGUGCUACAGGCUCACUACGAUCAACAUUAGACUCUAUCGCUCCUAUAAAAAGGAAAUUAUUAAAACAUAGGAGACUAGCACCUUGGUAUAACCACCAAACCCGCCAGUUAAAGCAAAUAGCUAGGAAAUCUGAAAGGAAAUGGCGCUCUUCCAAAUUAUCAGAAUAUCGCUCAAAUUGGCAAGAUGAUCUUAAGAUUUAUAGAAAGGCCCUCCGUAAUGCCAGAGGAGCCUAUUACUCAGCACUAAUAGAAGAAAAUAAGAACAACCCUAGGUUCCUCUUCAGCACUGUAGCCAGGCUGAUAGAGAGUCACAGCUCUAUCGAGCCACAUAUCCCCAUAAACUUAAGUAGCAAUGACUUCAUGAGCUUCUUCUAUAAUAAAAUUAUUACUAUUAGAGAAAAAAUUAAUCACCAACUGCCAUCAACGGUUAUCAGUGGCUCUCCAAGUUCAGGGACUUCUGUCAAUGUAAACUUAGAUGUAUAUUUAGACUGUUUUUCUGCUAUCGAUCUUCAUCAGUUAACUUCAAUCAUUUCUUCAUCGAAGCCAUCAACCUGUCUAUUAGACCCGAUCCCAACUAGGCUGCUUAAAGAAGUUGUUCCCUUAAUUGGCACUUCUUUACUGGAUAUGAUUAAUCUUUCUUUAUUAUCAGGAUAUGUACCACAGUCCUUUAAAGUAGCUGUAAUUAAACCCCUUCUUAAAAAGUCCACUCUUGACCCAGGGGUUUUAGCCAACUAUAGACCGAUUUCUAACCUCCCCUUCCUCUCUAAGAUUCUGGAGAAAGUAGUCGCCAAAGAGUUGUGUGACUUUCUACAUAACAAUAGUUUAUUUGAGGAUUUUCAGUCAGGAUUUAAAGUUCAUCACAGCACAGAGACAGCUCUGGUUACAGUUAAUAAUGACCUUCUGAUUGCUUUUGACAAUUGACUUGUCUCU